AUGGAUACUUCACUAAUUGCUUUGAAUACUUCACAGAGUGAGAGCACUAACAAUGCAAUUGGAUUUAAAGGGAACAAAUCAACUUCACUAACAGAAUUCUUUCACAUUUUUGGAGCAACGGUGGAUCGCUGGAGAUAUCAAGAAGAUCAAAAUGAAUAUGAUUGUGGAAAUGCUUUGCCUAAAUCUGAUUUUCCAAUGGUCGGAAUGAUAAAACAUGCGGCAAAUGUUUACACACUUACAUUGUUUAGAGAUUUUGAAAAAGAAUUCAAGUAUGCAAUGGGUUGCAUCUCAAAUGUCAACUACAUCAAUGGAAAUUUCUUUUGUUACAAAGUGCAACAUGAAUCUUGGCCUGAACAUACUGCCCAUUAUGUAGCAUUUGAUCCAACAACAAAUUCCAUUAAAUGCACUUGUAGGAACUUCGAAGAAUCAGGAUGGCUAUGUUUCCAUGCAAUACGAGUUCUACAUAUACAUUCUAUUGUCAACAUUCCAGAGCAAUACAUUUCAAAAAGGUGGACAAAGUUUGCAAAAAGUGAAGUAUGGAAGAGAAUGGAACAUAGAGAAGAUAAUGGAACAGAAAAGAGAAAAAUUACUCCAUGGCGUUAUGAGAUGGCAAGAAAUUUGUACAACUUGGUUAUUAAAUGUCAAGGGAGUGAUGCAGCUAAAAAGGUGCUUAAAGAGGCUUAUGCUCAUGCUAACGAAAGCAUAAAUAAGGUUCUAGAAAAAGAAAAAGCAGCAGAAAAGGAGGCAGCACAAAAGGCACAAGACGAUGUUGAAGCACAACAAACCACAAUCAACAUAGCACCGUCUACAUCAUCAUCAUCAUCAAAUGCACCACAAAUAAUAGUUGAAAAUCCACCACUAGUGAAGACAAAAGGAAGAAGUAAAAGAAAAAAAAGGAUACUUUGA